AACCACACCACCACCAACAAACAAACAGUCUUCAGAAUAAACAAGCACCACCGCCUCAUCCAAACAGAGGAAAAAAAAAGCAUCACAAACCACAAUGACCACCCCAACCCCAAACCCAAGCCCACGCGCCCCCGAACAAACCGAUUUCCCCUCCCACCUGACCGUCACAAUCACCCACCCCACCAGCACAUCAGAAAAAUCCCCCAAUAUCCUCCUCCUCCUGCACGGCCUCGGCGACACCGCAGCCAACUUCACCGCCUUCGCGCGCGCCCUCCACCUCCCCGAAACCACCAUCCUGACCCUGCAAGCCCCGCAGCCCCUCCCCUUCGACCUGGGCGGCUACCACUGGGGCGACGACGUGACCUUCACGCCGGCGGGGGAGCUGGACAUGGACGCCGGGUUCACGCGGGCGGUGCGCCUGCUCGUCCACGAGGUGAUUGCGGGCGUACUCGUCCGGAAGUGCGGGUAUCAGUGGCGGGAUGUCUUGGUGUUUGGUUUGGGGCAGGGCGGGAUGGUGGGAUUGGAGGUUGCCAGUGCUGCUGCUGCUGAUUCUGGGGAAGACAGUGUAUUGGGGUCUCCUACGCAGCCGACCGGAAAUGAUCGGUGGUUGGCCGGGGUGGUGUCGAUCGGAGCCCCGUUUCCGUUGUCCGCGGUCAAGAAUACAACCACCCAGAAAAAUCGGACGCCGGUGUUGGUGGUCGCGGGCCGGGAUUCGGUGGCCGUGACGGAUAGUGCGGUGCGCAGGACGAAGGAUCGGUUUGAGUUUGUCGAGGUCCAUCGGUAUGCCCGCCGCGGGGAUGGGAUGCCCCGGAAUCGGGACGAGAUGUUGCCCGUCAUGCAGUUCUUGGCGAGGAGGUUGCGGAGUUGGAAGGGCGUGCCGGAGGGCAGUGUGGAGAUCUCCUGAUCCCGACAAAGAAAAUGGGAUGUUGUACGAUAUUCAUUUUGGAUUCAUAGUGGUACAGUACAUACAGGGUGAAAAGUCUAGGGUGUAUCUAGUCGACCUCCUCGAGAGCUUUGCGCGCUCGAUCGAUGGCCUGUCGCGUCUCAAGGGGAGACACCGGGGCUGCCUCCUCCACGGGGCGUCCGCCGUGCUGCACAAUGCCACGGAGUUGGUCCUCCGUCUCGAGCAGAGCCGUGCGGCCGUCCUCGCGGGCCUCGUUCUCGAACCAGAUCCGCGCGCUUUCCCACUUGCGCUGCUGGCGACGCAGCGAGUAGAUCAAACCCACCGCUGCCAUCGUGCAGGUCUCGUACACAGACGCCGCAGGCCAGGAGAGAUAGGUCAAGAUCGACAGCGCCGAGGAUAGAGUGGUUGUCGAC